AUGACCUUUCGACUCUCUCACCACCAGCCGGGUUCCUACCGCUGCCAAUCCGCUACGCUCCUCGUCUUGCUGUCCUGGUGUAUCCUCCAGCUGGCCCAACCAGUCCUAGCCGACUGCGAAUGUGGCUAUCUCCUCCGUCUCCCCUCCGCCGAUCCCGUAUCCAACGCUCGUUCUGUCUCAUCAUCAUCGUCGAAUGACCAAACAACAACGCUCCUCUUCACGGACCUAAUCGAGACGGAUUUCAGCCGUUUAGCGGCUCACAGCGCGGAUACCAACAACAACAACAAUAAUAAUGCUAAUUAUCAUAGCCAAGGCAGGUGGUGGGAUAACACCGACUGGAUCCCGCAGGCCUUCAACCUGACGCGCGAGCGUGCCCGCGGCCAGUAUGGCGAGAUGUUUGCCGUCGACAACGUCCGGCUUUUUUCGGAUGAUCAGAGCUCGGCAACGAAGAAGGGUGUGACGGAGGAGGGGCUGGAGCUGGUGGUGAGAAGCGAUAUUGUGGACGGGAUGGUGCCCGUUGCGGAGCUAGAUACGGCCCGGUUGGAUGUGAGGUGGGGAACGUUUCGGGCGGGGAUGAAGUUGUCAAGUGUGCCGGGGACAUGUGCCGCUUUCUUUUGGUACUUCAACGACACCCAAGAAAUCGACAUGGAGUUCCUCACCAAAGACUUCCACCGCUCCAACAACAGCUACCCCGUCAACCUGGUCCUCCAGUCCCGCGAAUCCGCCCUCGCCGGCUUCGACGCCGCCCACCCAGCCCCCAACAACAACACCAACAACAACGAAAACCCCAACUUCGUCCUAGCCUACCUCCCCUUCGACCCCACCGCCGGCUUCCACGAAUACCGCAUCGACUACCUCCCCGACCGCGUACUCUUCUUCGCCGACGGCCAACAACUCGCCUCAAUGGCCGGCUCCGCCGCCGUGCCAACCACCCCGGGCCACCUCAUCCUGCAGCACUGGAGCAACGGGAACCCGCUCUGGUCCGGCGGUCCGCCGUCGCUGGCGGCUGCGAAAGCGCAGGGGGAUCCGGAUGGGCCGGCGCUCGAGGUGCGGUAUGUCAAGGCGUAUUUUAACUCGUCCACCAUCAUCCGGAAUGAUGACGGCGGCGAGCCGCAGCAGAAAUGGGAGGGCGAGGCCGAAUACAAUAGUCGGUGUCGGGAUCCAAAGGCGUUGAACGCUGUGUGUGAGAUUCCCGAGGUAACUCCGCAAGACACGAGUGCGGUGAGUUGGUUUUUUGGGGAUCAUACCAAUAUGACGCAUGGGACGGUUCAGCCACCAGGAGGGUCUGGCAAUAAUGGUGAUGGGGAGAGCGACGCAUCAAGGGUGAUCAUGGGGAUGGCGUGGGUAGCGGUGUUGUUGAGCGGAUGGCUUAUGGUGUUGUAA